AUGGUGAAGGGGAAGCAGAAAGUGAAGAAGGGCACUAAAAAUGCAGUCCACGAGUCAGAAUUUGAUGAGAAAGAUGAAUCACCGAAGGAAUUAAGCAAAGGAAAGAAAGGAACAAUAGAUAUAGAGACUAAGCAAGAAAACUCAAUUGGUCGAAGGCGAAGGCAGAGGAGCACCCAAAGCCGACAUCGGGGUUGGGAGACAUUUAAUGCCAAGCAAUUCAGAAAUGUUGCGGUCCCUUUGGAUUAUGUAGAACCAGUGGAAAGGGAUGGGAAGAAGGUAACGAUGGUACUAAAGCGUGACUUAUCACCAGAGAUUGAAUAUUGGCAGUCCUCGGUAUUCAGUUUUGUCUUAGGUGCUAACCCACCUUACAAAGUAAUGGAUAACUACUACCGGAAGACAUGGCAGCACAUUGGAGUUGAUAAGAUACUAGUUUUACCUAAUGGUUUCUAUGUAAUUCGGUCUAAAUCUAUAAAUGACGCUGAGGAAGCUUUAAAGGAACCAAUUACAUACCUAGGUACGAACCAUGUUAUAGUGAAACCCAGGAAUGUAGAAAAAGGACUUAAUCAUAAAGAGAUUAAACAUGUUCCUGUAUGGGUGCAAUUUCAUGGUCUUGAGUUGAAAUAUUGGAAUCCCGCUACAUUGGGUAGAAUUGCUAGCACUUUGGGGUGUCCUAUUGCAGCUAAUAGUUGUAAAACAUCUAAGGAUAGAGCUAAUUUUCCUAGAGUGUUAGUAGAUGUGAAAAUACAUGACUUUCCUCCAGGGGUAGCACACUUUGUGGAUGAGCAUGGAAAUGUUCUAGAGCAGUCUGUGUACUACGAGUGGAGACCCACACUCUGUUCGCAUUGCAAGAACUACGGCCAUGGUGCAGAAGUGUGUAGGAAAAAAGCUCAGGAAGUGGUAGUAGUUGAUAAAAAGAAAAUAGAAGGGCUGAUCAAUACUGCAAAAACGCAGCAGUGGCAAAUAGUGGGGAAGAAAAAGAGAAUAGAAAUGAUUCCUGAUGAAGUACCAGAUCCUGAUGAACUACAAGAGGUGACAACCGUGGAGACCAAUUUGAAAGGAAAAGCCAAAGAGAAAAGACAAGUGUCACCAAGGAGAUAUACUAUCCUUAAAGAUGCAGAUGAAGAGAUGCAACAGGAAGCAAGCACCAGUACAUGCAUGGAUCACCUCACAGAGGAGCAGAACAAGGAGAAGGCUAGGAGAGGAACACCAAUUGACCUAGAAGUGAAUGAAGAUGUGCAGGUGAGACAGCGCGUUGUUUCGUCACAGUGCGCUUUUUCGUCACAACGCGCUGUCAGUAGUACAGAAGAAAACCAAAGAGCUGAAGCUGUUGAUGUGCAAGAGAAACAGCACGCUGUUUCGCCACAGUGCGCUGUCAGCACGGCCAAUUCUGAAGUUCCACAUGAUACUCUUGCUGUUGUUUCUAAGGAUUGUAAUGAUGAAGAUGAUGAGGAGGAUGAGGUUGUUGCUAAGGAUUGUAAUGAUAAAGAUUUCCUCAGAAUUUAUUCCCCCGCUUCCAGAAUCACAUUCCCCCUUGAUGAAUUCAGCAACUCAUGGUAG